AUGCAGUCCACACCAAACACUUCCGAUUUCCCUUCCUCUCCGCAGAUGGAGCCUUCAUCAUCAUCAUUGGGUUCCAUCCAAACACCAACCAUGAUGAUCCUUGGAUCAGGGACAAAAGAUGGACCAUUCACUCUCGGAGGAUCUUUACUUUUUCAAAAUUCCAUAAUGUCAGAAUCAUCCAUUCUUGCAUUGAAAAGGCUUGUAUUGCAACAAGAACAGGAAUUUCAUGUUCUUCCUCCAAUCGUAAUGCCCAAUCAUGAUUAUUCUAACUUGUUGGAAUCAUCACUGCAGCAACUACUCAUGUCGAGCUUUAACACUUCAAAUAAUAAUAACAUUCUGGACCUGUUCAAAAUUAAAAGCAAAAUCGGGGAGGGAUCCUUUGGUAGUGUCUAUAAAGUGAAAAUUAAAUCUACAAAGGAAAUUGUCGCUCUCAAAAGAAUUUCAAUGAAUCAUUUAGAGGAGGAAGAGGUGGAGGUGGAUGGUAAUGGAAAGAACACGACAUCCAUGUCAUCAUCGUCCGUGACAUCAUCAUCCUCUAAAACUGCAAUAAUCGGAAAGAGAGCGACUGAAAAUUUAAACGAGUUCUUCACAUUGAAAGGGCUUGAUCAUCCAUGUAUUGUUAAAGUGAGGGAAGCAUUCUUGAUGUUUGAUGACGAAAAAUCGUUACAGCAAGGAGCAAUUAAGAAUGUGGCAUAUACGAUGAAGUUUUAUGAAAAUGGCAGUUUGGCUGAUUAUAUUUACAAGAAUAAGGGCAAUAUUUCGUACAAGACAGUGAAAUCAGUCAUGAUUCAAUUAUGUUUGGUAUUGCAAUAUCUCCAUUCUAGAAAUUUGUUGCACAGAGAUAUCAAACCACAAAACAUUUUCAUUGAUUCCUUAUAUUCUUUAAAAAAUUCAUUUAUUCCACAAAAUCAAAUUGAUCCAGCACUCAGCUCUGUCAUUGUUAUUUUAGGUGAUUUUGGAACAGUUCGAAAAUUUAACGAAGGAUCCAUGAUUAGAACCAUGGUAGGCUCUCAAUUUUACAUGUCACCUGAAAUCAUGUAUGGAGAAUCCUACCAAUUAGAUGCUGACAUUUGGUCAAUGGGUGUCAGUAUUUAUCAAUUAGCUACUGGAGUACCAAAGCCCAUAGCAAUGAUGGCAUACAGAAAUGAAUAUGUCAUCAUUAAGAGCUCUCUCGAGAGUGCUCUCAUUAGUGACAAAUUGAACGAGGAUGAAAAAGUUGAGUGUAUGGAGUUGAUCGAUCUGAUCAUGCAAAUGUUUGACUUGGAUCCAAAAAAGAGACAUUCUAUCGAAUAUUUGCUGUCAUCAAAAUCUCUCAAGCCAUAUGUUAAUGACGUUUUACUCAUUCUCUCACAAUACAAUUUACAAAUAAUGCAAGAAGGAAAUGAGAAACUGCUGAAACUGGUUGACGAUUUGCGCUUUAACAUUGUAUCAAAUCAAGGAAUGAGAACCACUAUACGAAAAACAGACUCCAGCUCAUCAUUUUCUUCCUCACCAUCAACCAUCUCACAACAGAAUUUAUCGACAAACACGAAUGGACGCUUGUUACUGGUUUCGAGUUGGUGGAGUUCCAAUUUGAGAAUUUUUCCAGUGGACGAAAAGAAGAGCGGACCUUUCGAUGUUCUCUCAAAUAUGCCUUAUUUAUUGGAUCUAAAAUCAGAUUUAACAUGUGAACAAUUAUUACCUCUUUCUAAAGAAGAAAUUAUUCUUGGACUCAAUUCAGGAGAAAUAGUCAAGUUGAGAAGAGAAGGUGGACAUUCUUUCAAGGAGUUGCUUCGUGCUAUUGCCCACAAGGAUCGAGUGAAAUGUUUAAAGUUAUUUCCUAAUGUCUUUAAUAGUUCCCUAAAUAUGGAUGAUUUAUUUGCGUCAGGAAGCUACAACAAAUCGGUGAAAGUGUGGAAAAGAUCCUCUUUCGAAUGUGUCAAACAAUUUGAGCAUGAGAGUGGAAAUGUCUAUGCAUUAGCCACAACGUACAAUUUAAGAAAUAACCAACAACCAAGCUUAAUUUCUGUCGGAUCUGACAUGAGUAUUUAUGAGUGGGAUUUGGAAAAGUGUGUGAACGUGAGGGAUAAGGCUCACAACGAUGAAAUUUAUGCAUGUGAAUUUUUACAACUUUCACAGCCACUCCUAUUCACUGGCAGCUUUAAGGAAAUGAAAGGUUGGGAUCAUCGACAACACAAACCCUCAAUAUCACUGUCUCAAGCGCAUUCCAAUUAUAUUAACAAAAUUAUUGCUCUGGAACCAAAAAGCGACUCAUCUUGCCUCUAUAGAGAUGGCAAUCAUUUUCUGACCUGUUCCAAUGAUGGUAUGAUCAAAUUAUGGGAUGUGAGGAAAUUACAAGACAGUACUUUAAAAAGUGCAGAGAUGAAUGCUGUUCAAACCUUUAAGGUGAAUUUGGACGGAAUUAAGACACUUCAUGUGAUUUCUUCGACUGGGGAAAAAUCUACAGAGGAGAAUGUCAUUGCCUACGGAACAAAACGUGGCAAGCUUGGAUUCAUUGAUUUGAAUAAUUUUACCUUGGUCAAGAGUUUCAAUGCCAUUCGAGGCGUGGUUGGACUUGUCGAUGUUUCCGGAAUUCAAAUUUUGUAA